GGAAGCGAGCUGCGCGCGCGCGCGCGCGGAACAGUGGGAACGCCGCCGAGGCUGCGAGUACGCUGUUGCCUUAACAACCUGUGGUGGCAGAGUCCGUUCGGUGAUGGCCUCUAAUUUUAAAAAGACAAACAUGGCAUCCAGUGCCCAGAGAAAAAGGAUGAGCCCUAAGCCUGAACUUACUGAAGAACAGAAACAGGAAAUCCGGGAAGCUUUUGAUCUCUUUGAUGCUGAUGGAACUGGAACUAUAGACAUCAAAGAACUAAAGGUGGCAAUGAGGGCUCUGGGCUUUGAACCCAAGAAAGAAGAAAUCAAGAAAAUGAUAAGUGAAAUUGAUAAAGAAGGAACAGGAAAAAUGAACUUCAGUGACUUUUUGACAGUGAUGACUCAGAAAAUGUCUGAGAAAGACACUAAAGAAGAAAUCCUGAAAGCUUUCAAGUUGUUUGAUGACGAUGAGACUGGGAAAAUAUCAUUCAAGAAUCUUAAGCGUGUGGCCAAGGAGCUGGGUGAGAACCUGACAGAUGAGGAACUGCAGGAAAUGAUUGAUGAAGCUGAUAGAGAUGGAGAUGGUGAGGUCAAUGAGCAAGAGUUCCUGCGCAUCAUGAAGAAGACCAGCCUCUAUUAAGAUCAGUGUUUCUUUUUCUACUGCAAGCACAUGUGACUAGAUUUAGUGCCUGGCAUUUUGUGAAAUAUGGCUUUUGAGAGCCUCCCUCCCCUAACCUCUGGGGUAACUUUAGCCAUGACCUUGAAUCUAUUUUUGACUUUUGGAAGUGUUCUUUGAUAUUAAGUUCUUUGUAUAUUUACCUGUUGACUAAGUCAACAGGGCAGAACGAGAGCACAUGGAGUGGGGAAAAGGGUCUGAGAGUGUCACUGUGGCCACUCCACCUCCCCUUACUUCACCUUGAUCAUGCAUAUUCACACAGCUGAAAACAUGCAGGGGCUUCUUAGUUGUCCAUGUAUCCAUGUCAUCAUAAGCAGUGGUUGUUCUUAAAAUGGUUUUAGUUUUUAUUUGACACCACGGUGCAGUUAUCUCUUUUAUAAAACCCAAUGAGUGCUUGCUAUGGCAUUUGGAUGUGUGUUAAUGCAUUUGUUUUGUCUUUAAAAAAAUAAAACAUUUCUUAAUUUAAGCUCUCAUUCUUUAAAGGAUGAGUAUUUUUAGCUUUAACUGUGAGUUCACCUUGUAAACAACUGUGUUGAGGGCAGCCUGGUAUGUGUUGAGGGCAGCCUGGUACAUAUAUAAAAUUUGUCAUCGGCCUAUGGAUAAAAAAAGGUAAUAAUUCUUUG